GUAAUUCUUUUAUAAGAAAAUAUUACACCAUUUUUGAUAAUGAUCAUAAACUCAUAGGUCUAAUUGAAGCUAAUCAUAACUUUUAA